UUGCGCGUGCUCCCGAUGCGGCAAAUUUCUGUCAAAUUUUUCUUCCCUCCGCUCUUCGUCGUGGUUUCCAAAUUGAGUUCCUGUUUGUUGUGUUUUCACUACGCUGUUCGAACCAAACCAGCUGUUUUUGUGCAAAAAAUUGUGAUUCUCGUUAAAAAUAACCAUCAGCAUGUCGUUUAGAUCUGGAGAUCAAGUGGCUUUGAGCUUCCACGAAUCUUGUCUGCGGCUAUCGGACGUUGAUUUGCUAAAAGGACCGUUCUGGCUCAACGAUCAGAUCAUUUCGUUCUACUUUGAGUACCUGGAGAAAUUGAUUUUCAAAGACGAGGAGGAUUUGCUGUUUGUCAGUCCGGAAGUGACCCACUGCAUCCGGAUGGUGUCGGAAGAGGAGGUUGGCGUCUUUCUUGAACCGCUGCGUGCUGCCGAGAGAUCGUUUAUCUUUUUCGCUCUGAACGAUAACCAGAUAGCGGACCAAGCAGGAGGAUCCCACUGGAGUCUGUUGGUGUUCUCCCGACCGGAAAUGGUGUUUUACCACUUCGAUUCGUCGCACAAUAGCAACUCGGACAUCUGUCGACAGUUUGUGGCGUCGCUGAAGCGGGCACUCAAGUGCCCCAAGGCACAAUUACGGACCGGAGACUGCCUGCAGCAGAGCAACGGAUACGAUUGUGGAGUGCAUGUCCUCUGCACCGUGGACAAAGUAACACAGCAGAUACGCAAAUCAGGGAGAAUCGAGGGUGUAAAAAGCGCACGAUAUGAUGUUAUUCGGGCCAAACGGGAAGAAAUUCUGAACAUCAUCAUAGACCUGGGCGGAAGAAUAAACUAAAGGGAAAAAAUGGCUCCUGAAGAUGAUAUUGAAGAUUUCUCCACCGGAAGUGCUUUCUUAGCAAAUCGAUGACAUAGUCGGAUAGUCUAUAACGUUCGAACACCUCCCAAAACGAUGCGAUGUAUACCGUGUGCGAAAAUAGAAUAACAAAUCUGAAGUUUGUUCGUACUGUAGUGUUAUACUUCCAGUAGCAAUAGUGAUGGAAUAGGGUAAAGUGCCCAAUAGUGGACCCUCAACCAAUAGUGGACCCUCCAGCCAUUUUUCAUUAUUACAGCACAAUGGAAACAUUUUGCUAUGAAAUUCCAUCGGGAGAACCUACCUUACAGUCCUAUGA